AUGCAGACCAGUAUGCCGCCAGUCAAGCAGGAGUGGCAGCUGCCCCCACUGCCGGACGAGGUCCUGCUGCACGUCUUCGACUACCUCGACCUCAGCGCCACUGUCGCCGCCCUACGCGUCUCGCGCCAUUGGCACGAGCUCGCCAACGACCCCAGGGUGUGGAAGCGGUUGUGCGGCGAGAGCGGCUUUCCCAAGGUGGACCGCCGCCGGUUCGGCGGCGACUGGAAGCGCUGGUAUCGCUGCAUGACGGAACGCAUCGCCGUGGACGCCUUCCAGAACGACUGUGCGGGAAAACCGCGUCGCAACGAAUACUCGCCCAUCCGCGUACUCGUGGAGCCCGACGCCAGCGUCCUCACGUUGGUGCGGGCGAUCGCGUGCAGUUCGAUGACGCCGCCGCACAAGAUUCGACUCUGGCGAAUCGACGACUUUGAGGACAACGAGAAGGGCCUGGUGCUGCUGCAGGACCCGACCCAGAAGCUCGCCGACGCCGGCAUCACCAGCAACACGGCCGUCCUCUACGAACUGCCCGACGCCCGCAACGGGUACCUGCGCCCGUGCCGUAGCUCUACAUCGUCGUUGCCCGCCACGUCCAACAACAACAACAACGUGGAGGCCCAGGGAGGAGUAGUGCGAAGUCAGCAGGCGCUGGAGAAUGCGCUGCGCGAGAUGGAGCUGACGGCGUCGAUACUGACACGGGUCUUCUUCGACGACUACGCGAUGGACGCGCACCACUAUCGUGCGCAACACUAUCGCGUGGACGGCGACGACACGCAGAGGGAAGAGGAGGAGGCGGAAGAGGAGGAAGAGGACGACGAUGACGAGCUGCAGCACAUCCUGGCCGUCAGCAUGGCCGAAAUGGAAAGGCGCAACGACUGA